AUGCAGCAGGGCACAGGAAAGCAGCCGGAGAGAGAUGCAGGAGGCCCCCCUCGAAACUGCAAUCCAACACCUCUGUUUAACGUUCGGCCUCAUGAGCCCCAUCCGAUAGAGCUUCUGAUUCGUGAUCUCACCGUCCGCAAGGAACUCAACAAGAAAGGACACCUCCAGACCAGUAGUGUCGCAAAUCCGGCCGCGGACCCGAUGCCCUUCCAGAGGUUGCCCGCGACUGAAACCAGACACGGUCAGAGUCUGCCACCACAGCUGAACCCAAUCGCGGUAAAGCGGGGGAGAAACGACCUGUCGCCAAAGACGCUGGCCACCAUCAACUGGAAAGUCGUGGGCGCCGAGUGCCGUGCGUGCUGGAGCCACCACUACAGCGAAGCGGAAUGCGCAGCUUUGACGUUGCGGCUCCCUAAGGUCUGCCAGCAAGAGUACAUCGACGGCGAUUACCUCUACUUCAAUCAGUUCCAGGAUUGGAGUCUGAUCAAGACGCAGAUGUCGAACCUCUGGGCAAGCCAGCCCGACCACGACUAUCUAAUGUCGACUUUGCCUCAGCGCACCAUUCAAGACGCCGUGGAUGCGGGUUUCCUCCCGCCGUUCUACGCGGAUCCGGUCAAGUGCGCCGAGCACAUCAAGGCGAGGGAAAAGGAAGUCAUGGCUGCGGCGCGGCCGGGCUUCACCAAAGAAAUGGCUGUCGCGUGCGGACUCAUUCCGUGGAACCCGUGGAAACCCGGAAAGAUGAGAUCCGCCGACGAGCUGGUCGAGGAGGCUAAGGCCGUCAAACUGAGAUACCAUGCCGGACCUAUCUACCUUUCUGAUCGGUUAUGGGGUUCGCGGAAAAGCCGCCAGGGCAGCGCCUCGCGCGCCGCCGUCAACGAUGACGACGAAGACGCGGACGAGGCCUCUCUCGAGACUGCCGGGGUCGUAGCGGUCACCGAGAGCAAUGGACCUCAUUGUGGUCGACCCGCUAAGUCAGGCGGCUCAGUGGAGCUGACGCCUGGCAGCCUGGGCGAACCAGCUUUCGCCAGUGACCCGUUUCCAGGGCACUAG